UCCUCCUAUUUCUUGCCGACCCCGCCAUCCUCCCAUCACAAAGCUGGUCCGCUUUGCUCUCGCCCGUCUGCAGAGUGAGAAGUCCUCACUCUGGCUCCGGGGCUCCAGUGAAGCUAUCUUCUCUUCCCUGCCAGGGAAAGAGGGAAGCCCACUGACCCACGGCUAGCCUUGCCCCUCUUCUUCUCAUCCUUUCCUUGUUUGGUUUUUUAGCAUAAGACGCGUAGCGCAGCGUAGGUGUUAGGAGCUUUUAGAUUAGGAAAAAGGGGCAAGGACCAGAGACAACUGGUCCAGCCGCUCAUUGCUAUAUUUUUCUUCUUACAUUUGGUUUUACUUUAAUUUCAACCAUUUCGCCCCACUUGAAAAACGAUGAACAAGCUGUAUAUCGGCAACCUGAGCGACACCGUGAGCCCGGUGGAUCUGGAGAGUGUCUUUAACGACUCCAAGAUCCCUUACACCGGCUCUUUCCUGGUGAAAGCGGGCUAUGCGUUCGUGGACUGCCCCGACGAAAACUGGGCGAUGAAGGCCAUCGAAACCUUAUCAGGUAAAGUGGAGGUACACGGAAAGCUCAUCGAGGUGGAGCACUCGGUCCCGAAGAGGCAGAGGAGCCGUAAGAUCCAGAUCCGAAACAUCCCACCUCAUCUUCAAUGGGAGCUGACGGUUGAUUUGUACUGUGGGCCCUUGUCCCUUGGUACACAAGUUGUCUUCAUCCCUUGCUGGAAGGUUCUGGAUAGCGUCUUGGCUCAGUAUGGAUCGGUGGAGAGUUGUGAGCAAGUGAACACUGAUACUGAGACUGCCGUGGUCAAUGUGACCUAUAGUAGCAAGGAGCAGGCGAAACUUGCGAUUGAGAAGCUGAAUGGCUUUCAGCUAGAGGGGUACACCCUGAAAGUUGCCUACAUCCCGGAUGAACUGGCCGAUCCGUCUGCAUCGAGCUCUCAGGCCAUGCCGACUCGCCGUGGCUAUGGUCAUAGGGGACCGCAGAGACAGGGAUCCCCAGGAGGAGCUACUGGGCAGAACCACCAUAAUGAUAUUCCUCUUCGUAUGCUGGUCCCAACCCAAUUUGUUGGAGCAAUUAUUGGGAAAGAAGGUGCGACCAUUCGAAACAUCACCAAGCAGACCCAGUCUAAGAUUGAUAUUCAUCGCAAGGAAAAUGCUGGUGCAUCUGAGAAGCCAAUUACUAUUCAUGCUUCUCCUGAAGGCUGUUCAACUGCUUGCAAGAUCAUCAUGGAGAUUAUGCAGAAGGAGGCCCAGGAUAUGAAAUUGCACUUCCAUGGUAUUUCAUCUCGGACCGCGCUAAGUGCAAUGCCUCGUUCAUACAACGAUGAUCUUCCUUUGAAGAUUCUGGCUCAUAACAACUUUGUUGGCCGCCUGAUUGGGAAGGAAGGAAGGAACCUGAAGAAAAUCGAGCAGGAUACUGAUACCAAGAUCACCAUCUCGCCUUGUUGGUUAAGACUGCAGGAGUUGACCCUGUAUAAUCCUGAGCGUACCAUCACCGUUAAAGGUAGCAUUGAGACCUGUGGCAAGGCCGAGGAGGAGAUCAUGAAGAAGAUAAGGGAGUCUUAUGAGAGUGAUCUCAGUGCUAUGAAUGUGAGUUCUGAAAUACUGGAGCUUCAAGCCCACUUACUUCCUGGAUUAAACCUGAAUGCCCUGGGUCUGUUCCCAGCCUCUACUACUGGGAUACCCUCACCCUCCACUUUGGGGGUUCCUUCGGCCGCAACUGCUACUAACUACCUGGCAUAUGGGCAACAGGUUGAAAUGGAGACCGUUCACCUGUUCAUCCCCGCCAUGUCUGUGGGCGCCAUCAUUGGCAAGAUGGGCCAGCAUAUCAAGCAGCUCUCUCGUUUCGCUGGAGCUUCUAUCAAGAUUGCCCCACCUGAGACACCUGAUGCCAAGGAGAGGAUGGUGGUCAUCACUGGACCCCCUGAGGCCCAAUUCAAGGCUCAGGGAAGGAUCUAUGGAAAGCUCAAGGAAGAGAACUUCUUUGGCCCCAAGGAGGAGGUGAAGCUGGAGGCCCACAUCAAAGUGCCCUCCUACGCUGCUGGGAGAGUCAUUGGCAAGGGAGGAAAAACCGUGAAUGAGCUUCAGAAUUUGACCAGUGCCGAGGUCGUGGUUCCUCGUGACCAGAUUCCUGAUGAGAAUGAUGAGGUGAUUGUGAAGAUAACUGGCCAUUUCUAUGCAUGCCAGCUCGCCCAGAGAAAAAUCCAAGAGAUUCUGGCCCAGGUUAAGAGGCAGCAGCAAAUGCUGCAGAAGAAUGCCAAUGCUGCCGCCGCGGCUGCUGCCGCUUCCGGUGCAACCGGCAAUGGCGGCGCCUCCGCCUCUGCUGCUGCUGCAGCAGCUGCCGGGCCAAACGGCCAGCCUCAGCUCAGGCGAAAAUAGAGAGGUUAAGGAAACGGCCAUCUCAACAAAAGAUGCCAAACCAAAGACGAGACUAAAUAUAAUAGAUGGGUGAGGAAACACCUAUCCCUAAGUCACAAUUAGAAGUCCUACCUACCAAAAGCUUAUUUGAAGACCAGGCAAAUUCUGAAUUCGUGUUUUAAAAAAAUUUCUAUGUAAUGUCCUCUCAAGUUUCCGGAACCUGGCUUUAAAAGAACCAACAAGAAGACGAAUUAACUGCAACAUCAACAAGAAGCAGAAAAUUAAGAGUCAUUUCCCUUGUGUUAUAUUCUUGAAAUUUGUUGUAAAGUGACUUGAUGUGUGUUGUCCUAGAUAUUCUACCACUUUAGAAGUUGGUUGAAUUAAGCUUUGUGUUCUCAUCUUACCAACUUGAACAGAAAGAAAGGCAUUGCUCCUUAUCCAUUACUCAUCAAAAUAAGCCGGUGGUAUGAUUGGUGGACUAGAAUUAUAUCCAGUAAAUUGUCAACAAGUAUAAUUAAACAUUAGAUGUAUGUACCCCAAGCCAGUGGCAUUUUUUAAAAAAUUUGGUUGCAUUUUUACUAAGGGAAAUGUUGAGUGUGUUGGCCAGGGCAUGGAGAGAAGAAUAUGCAUUUUACAAAACUACCUCAGGCGUAGAGAGCACUUAAAAAAAAAAAAAAGAAAAAAAAAAGAAAAAACAAAAAAAAAACCACCUUUCCUUUCUUUUGGUAAUCUGUACGUUUGAUAGAACAAGAAGUCCCAGAAUUUUUUUUUUUUUAAAACAAAGCAGAUUUAAAAUCUGAUCGGCCAACAGAAGCAAGCCGUGAGAUAAUUGGGCAAAGAGCACAUAGUGCUUUGAGCUGGUGGUUGAUGGGAAUAAAAUUGGAAAACAAAAACUCAGGCCUUCUAAGGCUUCCGCCACCAACAUUUACCAAAUUUAGUCAAUGUUAUAUGAUGCUGAACGAUGCCAAAAGGAGAGCAGCAAAGCCACUUAUGUUUUUUUGUUUUUUAAAUGGGCUUUAAAAGAAGUGGUCCUCUUUUGGGGAACAGAACCAAGAAGUGAUGGCAAGAUGCUGGGGGUGUGGGGGAUCGAGCUGAACUAGGAGACUGGACUGUUUGCGCUCCUCGAUUAGAUGCAUGAAUCCUUUGUGCCUCUGACCAUCACUGCCUAAAGAAACAAUGCUUCAGUGCAGAUCCAUGCAGUCCGUGCGGAUGUUCAUUGUGUUCAAAGAGCAAGCUUCCUCUUCAGUUCCAUAGGCCAUGUGAUCUGUUGGGCCAUUUCUAAUGCCUGUCAUGCUUUUAGAUGAUCACAACCGUUAUCACCACAACAGGGAGGGGCCAGGAAGGUCAAAAAUAUGACUAUAUUUAAAGAAAAGGAAAGGUUACAUACCAGCCACCGUCAUGGGCCACACUAAACCACCUUGAAAGUCUAAAAAAUGAGCUAAACAAGGAAAAAAACCCAAAAGUGUUAAAAAAAAAAAAACACCUAAAAUAAAGCCUCCUAGACUGGCUUAAAGAUAAAAUACAGCAGGAUUUAUACAGUCUGCAACCAACCAGCUGAAAAUAAAAUAGUCAAAAGACAGGGAUAUAGGAAAACUAAAUUUCUCUCCAAUUUCAAAAUGUAAUUUGAAAAAAAAAAUGAUUGUGCUACUACGCAUUCAAGUUUCUCCAAUAAACUUCAAUCUACCUCA